CUUUCAGCUGGUAACACCCCUUCUCACCUUUUGACAUUUAAUUGACAACUCUGUUCAUUUGCGAAAAUAAUUGAUUGGUUUUCAUUAUUCACCGGAUUUGUUGUGCCACAUCAGUUUUUUACAUUUAAUAGAGAAUUUAAUAAUUAAUAGUGUAGUUAGAUAAAUUAUGUGUUAAAAUUAGAGAUAUCUUGUUUGACCACAUCAACCUGUAAUGAAGCUACACAACAGCAAAACAAAAAGCCUUUGGGGAAAGGCUUCUCUACUAUCGUUAUUAACACUAUUCACCUUCUGUAAGGAGGCAUUAUGCCAGGAAACUGCAACAAGUAAAAGUUUUCCCAUCACUACAUUAAUUAAUGCCAAAUGGGAACAGACACCGUUGCAUUUGGAAAUAGCAGAAUAUUUGGCGGAUGAAAAUGCCAAUUUGUAUUGGGAUUUCUUAAAGGAUAUAACUGAUUUGGAAACGACGUUAAGUAGUUAUGAAACGCCCUCACAAAGUUAUAAUGCCGCCAUAAAUGUGGUGCGUAAACGUCUUACAGAUCUACAAAUGCCGCUUAUGAAGCUGAUAGUAUCCAUGCAUAGUCUAACGCCUCGCAUACAAACUCAUUUCCAAAUUGCUUCUGAAGUUUUGGCUCAGGGUUCUUGUACCGAUUCAGCCACAUUUGCACAAGUUGGCUCCGAGUUAGCCUGCAGUCUGGAUGAGCUGCGUCAAAAACUUAAACUGAAUAAACAAGAUUCAUUAGAUGCCCAUGUUGAUACUUAUGCAUUUGAUCAUAUUUAUCCUGGUUCGGAAAAUAAUACCCGCACUGUGGUGUUAUAUGGUGAUAUUGGCUCGAAAACAUUUGCCCAGUAUCAUUAUUUAUUAACAGAAAAAGCUUUAUCGGGUGAUAUAAAAUACAUAACACGUCAUUAUUUACCUUUAAAAUAUCAAAAGUCACAAAAACGUGUGCGUCUUUCGGGUUAUGGUGUGGAAUUACAUUUAAAAUCCACUGAAUACAAAUCCCAGGAUGAUGCCCCCAAACCUUCGGAAGAUGCGGCAAAUGAUAGUUCUGUUGAAUCGGGUGUAGAAAUGGAGGUGCAAGGUUUUGACUUCAAGGUGCUCAAAGAGCGCUUCCCCACUCUUUCACAUUCAUUAGAUAAACUUAGACAAAGUUUGCAACAGGGCAAUGAGGAAAUUGCCCAAUUAAAAGCCUGGGAGUUUCAAGAUUUGGGACUACAAGCAGCCCAAGCUAUAGCGGAAAUAGAUGGCGAGGAGGCUUUGAAAAUUCUACAAUUCACAGCUCAUAAUUUUCCCAUGCAAGCUAAGGCUUUGCUUAGCCAUAAGGUGAGUGAUCAGCUAAGGAAUGAGGUGAAACAUAAUACCGAAUCGUUUGGCAGAAGUUUGAAUAUUAUUCCUCCCGAUGGCGCUUUAUUUGUUAAUGGUUUGUUCUUUGAUGCUGAUACCAUGGAUUUGAACUCCUUGGUGGAGACUUUAAGAUCAGAAGUACGUGUUUUGGAAAGUCUACACAAUAGUCAAGUGAAGGGAUCUUUAGCCUCUUCUCUCUUAGCUUUAGAUUUUGCUGGUUCGGGUUCUAAAGAAUUUGCCAUAGAUAUAAGAGAUUCCUCCAUAUUAUGGAUUAAUGAUAUAGAAACUGAUCCUCAAUACCGCCGCUGGCCCUCAAGUGUUAUGGAUCUGUUGAGACCCACUUUUCCGGGUAUGUUAAGAAAUAUACGCAAAAAUGUUUUCAAUUUGGUGUUGGUGGUAGAUCCCGUCAAACCUACUAGUCGUAGUCUUAUUAAGCUGGCGGAAAGUUUUGUCGUACACUCGGCUCCUGUCAGAUUAGGUUUGGUAUUCGAUGCCUCAAAAUCCUCCGAAGAUACCAAAGAGGAUUAUAUGGCCUUGGUGUGUGCUUUUAACUAUGUUACCCAGAAAAAAGAUGCCCGUUCCGCCUUAGGUUUUCUAACCGAUGUCUUUACCGCCGUAGACUCUAAGCAGGAAAUCACACGUAAACAUAUUAAAAUGCAACUUAAAAAGACAUUUGAUAAAUUAUCCAGCUCUGCUGUAGAUGACAUAUUAGAUGAAGAUUCUGAUUUUGAUUAUGGCCGUCAGUUGGCUUUGGAAUUUGUAGAACGUUUAGGCUUUUCUGAUUCCCCACAGGCUUUACUGAAUGGUGUACCCAUGCAGCAGAAUAUUUUAAGUUCGGAUAGUGAUUUUGAAGAGGCCAUAUUCUCUGAAAUCAUACAACAAACCACCAGUUUGCAGAAAGCAGUUUAUAAAGGAGAUUUAACGGAUUCCGAUAAUCUAUUGGAUUAUCUAAUGAAUCAGCCGCAUGUUAUGCCACGACUUAAUCAACGUAUUUUGGGUAAUAAUGAAAAUGCCAAAUUUUUGGAUUUAACCGGACAGCCUCAUAUAGAUCUCAAUAAUGUUAAGGAUUUGGCACAACUCUCCAAUCGUGAUAUGACAGCUACUCUUCUCAACAACAUCAAAUACUUUGAGGGCAAACAUUCUUAUGAAACUAUAGGCGAGGCCAAUUUGCAUUUCCUAACCAUUUGGCUAUUUGCCAAUGCAGAAUCCAAGGAAGGCAAAGAAUUACUCAACAAUGCCUUGAAAUAUGUUAAAGCCGGUUCCAGUGUACGCAUUGCCUUUAUACCCAAUGUUGAGGGUAGUGAUUUGUCGAGAAAGAAUAACUUGAAUCGUUUAGUUUGGGCUGCUCAGCAAGUACUUAAACCUCAACAGGCCACGGAUGUAGUAUUGAAAUGGUUGAAACAAUCCUCAGAUAAAUGGGAAAUUCCAGGACAAGUCAAUGAUUUCUUGGACUUCACCGAAUUACACAUGAAAAUCCUAAGAGUUUAUGCCCAAAGAGUACUCAAUCUAAAGGCUAAUGAACGUUUGGUUAUAGGUAAUGGUAAAAUUAUAGGACCUAUUGGCACUAAUGAACAAUUUGGCAUAGAAGACUUUGGUUUAAUCGAUCGUUUCAAUGCCAUACAAUAUGGCGAUAAAUUGCGUAAGGUUUUAAAACAAAAAUCUCUAGAUAUAGAAGAAUCAGACUUUGAUAGUGAUACUUUAUUAAAACUCUACGCCUGUCUUAUACCCAGACAAUCGAAGACCAGAUUUAAGAUACCCGAUGAUGUUAAGGAGGCUCACUCCGUGGUCAAGCUUAAACCCAAACACGAAGAUUUGCCGCAUUUCGAAAUUAAUGCCGUUGUAGAUCCAGCCUCUAGAAGUGCUCAGAAAUUGGCACCCAUUUUAAUACUCCUGCGCAAUACAGUCAAUUGUAAUAUGAAAGUUUAUUUGACUCCCGUCAACCAGCAUAGUGAUAUGCCCGUGAAGAAUUUCUAUCGCUAUGUAGUGGAAACCGAAAUACAGUUCUUGCCUAAUGGUGAAUUAGCUGAGGGACCCAUAGCCAAGUUUACCGGUGUGCCGGCCAAUCCCUUGUUAACACAAAAUGUUCAAGUACCCGAAAAUUGGUUGGUCGAAGCCGUACGCUCCGUUUAUGAUUUGGAUAAUAUAAAGUUGAGUGAAAUAGGAGGUCCUGUGCACAGUGAAUUUGAAUUGGAAUAUUUGCUAUUGGAAGGACACUGUUUUGAUGCCUCCACCGGGGCACCACCCAGAGGUUUACAAGUUACUUUGGGUACCCAAGACAAUCCCACCAUGGUCGAUACUAUUGUUAUGGCAAAUUUGGGUUAUUUCCAAUUGAAAGCCAAUCCUGGAGUAUGGACUCUACGUUUGAGAGAAGGAAAGUCAGCUGAUAUCUAUGAUAUAACCUUUGCCGAAGGACCCAAUACUUUACAUCAAGAGGGUAAUACCCAGGUGGUGAUAAGCUCCUUGCGAUCACAUGUCAUCAAACUUAGAGUUACCAAAAAGCCCGGCAUGCAGCAUGCUGAUCUUUUGGGUGAUGAGGAGAAUCAACAACAGAGUGGUAUAUGGAAUUCUAUAGCCAGCUCUUUUGGUGGUGGCAGCAGCCAUGAGGGCGAACCUGAAACUAUUAAUAUAUUCUCCUUAGCCUCGGGUCAUCUUUACGAACGACUUUUACGCUUAAUGAUGUUGUCUGUUAUGAAAAAUACUAAAUCUCCUGUGAAGUUUUGGUUUUUGAAAAAUUACCUCUCACCCCAAUUCACCGAUUUCUUGCCACACAUGGCCAAAGAAUAUGGCUUCCAAUAUGAGCUAGUACAAUACAAAUGGCCACGUUGGUUACAUCAACAAACCGAAAAACAACGUACUAUAUGGGGUUAUAAAAUUCUCUUCCUCGAUGUUUUAUUCCCCCUCAAUGUUCGUAAAAUCAUAUUCGUAGAUGCUGAUGCCAUAGUAAGGGCGGAUCUAAAGGAAUUAUAUGACAUGGAUUUGGGUGGUGCUCCCUAUGCCUAUACGCCAUUCUGUGAUUCACGCAAAGAAAUGGAAGGUUUUCGUUUUUGGAAGCAGGGCUAUUGGAAAUCACAUCUAAUGGGCAGACGUUAUCAUAUUUCCGCCUUGUAUGUGGUAGAUCUUAAACGUUUUCGCAAAAUCGCCGCCGGCGAUCGAUUAAGAGGACAAUAUCAGGCUCUCAGUCAAGAUCCCAAUAGUUUAUCGAAUUUAGAUCAAGAUUUACCCAAUAAUAUGAUACAUCAAGUAGCCAUUAAAUCAUUGCCCGAUGAAUGGCUAUGGUGUCAGACUUGGUGCAGUGAUAAUGCCUUUAAAACAGCCAAAGUUAUUGAUUUGUGUAAUAAUCCGAUGACCAAAGAAGCUAAGCUAACGGCAGCUCAGCGUAUAGUGCCGGAAUGGAAGGAUUAUGAUGCCGAAAUUAAAGCACUUAUGGCACGUAUAGAGGAUCAUGAGAAUGCCGAUCAUAAUGAACAAAUUGUUGGUGAACAUAACUUAACGCCCAACGCAGAUGAUCCGCCUAAACACAGUGAACUGUGAUUUCGUUUUUUUUUCUACUAUUUCUUAAACUUGACUUAAAAAAAAAAAACAUUUUGUGGCAUCCACUAUUUAAUUAAUUUAUUUUUAAACAUUCAUUACUUUCUUGAAAAAAUUCCCUUUAUUUUCGUUUAAAAAUAUAAUAGUCCUUUUUUGUAUUAUUUCAAUAAAAUUGGAUGUUUUAAUAUGUAUUGUGUAAGUCCUUAAUAGUUUAAAACAAAAUGUAUUAAAUGUUUAAAGGACUAAAAUUUUAACAUUCCUUAAAUUAAA